UAGGGUUUUACUUCCAUCACAUCACACUCUUUUUACCAAAUCCAAUUCCAGUUUCAGCUCAGGUUCAGCUUAAACCAAGAAAUUAUUAAUGGGCGGUCAUCCUUCUUCUUCUUCAAGUUUAUGGUUGGCAUCCAAUCCGAGCAAGAGAUGGGGCGAGCUUUUCUUUCUCUGUUACACUCCGUUUUGGCUCACUCUUUGUUUGGGCAUCGUCGUUCCUUUCAAACUUUACGAGAACUUUACGGAAUUGGAAUAUUUGCUUCUGGGCUUGGUUUCAGCAGUUCCUUCAUUCUUGAUACCAAUGCUAGUUGUUGGAAAGGCUGACUGCAGCUUGCAUUGGAAGGACCGUUAUUGGGUUAAGGCCAGUGUCUGGAUUGUAAUUUUUAGUUAUGUGGGGAACUAUUUUUGGACCCAUUAUUUCUUCACGGUUUUAGGAGCUUCUUAUACUUUCCCAUCCUGGAAAAUGAACAAUGUGCCACACACGACGUUCCUUCUCACACAUGUUGUCUUCCUGUUUUACCAUGUUACAUCAAACAUGACACUUCGCAGAUUAAGACAUUCUAUUGCUGGCUUGUCGGAGAACAUUCAGUUAGCCACUGAGGUGGCAUGGAUUUUGGCCCUUUCUUAUUUCAUAGCAUAUCUCGAGACUUUAGCUAUUUCUAACUUCCCGUAUUAUGAUUUCAUGGAUCGUGCAUCCAUGUAUAAAGUGGGAUCUUUGUUUUAUGCCAUAUACUUCAUCGUGAGCUUCCCUAUGUUUCUGAGGAUUGAUGAGAAACCUGGUGAUCUAUGGGACCUACCUCGGGUUGCCGUUGAUUCUCUGGGUGCUGCAAUGUUGGUCACGAUAAUACUCGAUUUAUGGCGCAUCUUCCUUGGACCUAUUGUUCCACUGGCAGAUACAAAACAGUGCAUUCAUCCUGGUCUACCAUGGUUUGGAGGUAGUGCAAAUGUAGCUUCACAAAACCAAUGUGCGAAAUAAGAGAUCCGGGUUCGACUCCUCAUCAUGGUUCUCCCUGGUGUUCAGCAAAAAUUGUCCGAAGUCUGGUUGAGGCAUGUAUGAUCGUUGCUCGGUGUGAGAUUAGCUAGUCAAUGAAGCGAUUGUGUGCUUUAUUUAUGUUGGUGUAUCAAGAAAGCUCCUUUUAGUUGUCUGAGAACAAUGUUGGUUCAUUGUAAUGGAAGUAAAGCAAACUUGUUUGACUCAAA